AUGGUUGUGAAAGCUGCUGGUCUAGUGAUAUAUCGGAAACUCGCUGGAAAAAUUGAAUUCCUUUUGCUUCAAGCGUCGUAUCCACCACAUCAUUGGACACCUCCAAAGGGGCACGUGGAUCCAGGAGAGGAUGAAUGGCAAGCAGCCAUUCGAGAAACUAAAGAAGAGGCGAAUAUCAACAAAGAACAACUGACAAUACACGAGGAUUGUCAUGAAACACUUUAUUAUGAGGCAAAGGGAAAACCAAAAUCAGUCAAGUAUUGGUUGGCUCUUUUGAAUAAUCCAGAUGACGUUUCUCUAUCUCAUGAACAUCAGAAUUGGAAAUGGUGUGAACUCGAAGAUGCUGUCAAGAUUGCCGAUUACGCAGAAAUGGGAAGUCUUCUUCGCAAGUUCUCAGGAUUUCUUAACACUAGUCGUUGA